AUGGUUGUCCAAGAACAUCAUCUUCUGCUCCGAUCUACCCACCAACAGAGAAUUCUUCCCUUCCGUUAUAAUUCGACCUCGGCCACAGAAAGCGGAAAAUCAUCAAGCGUAAGCGCGACUAAUAGCUCAGAAGUUUCUUCUUCGGGUCCUUCAAAGUCUACCAGCCCAAACCUCAUAAAGGAUGCUGAAAGAGAUAUUAGUAACGUAAAUAUCACUCAAAAAAAGAGCACGGAAGCUCCCAAGCAGCCUCUCCUCACGAGAGCAUGGCAAAAGAUUAAACAUGAGGCAAAUCACUACUGGGAUGGAACCAAGUUGCUGGCUUCUGAGAUUAAGAUCUCCGCCCGUUUACUAAGGCGAACGCUUCAGGGGAAAGCUUUGACACGGAGAGAGCGCCGUCAGCUUCGAAGAACAACUCAAGACCUCCUCCGGCUCAUUCCUUUCUCCGUUUUCGUCAUCGUCCCCUUCAUGGAACUUCUCCUGCCUGUGGCUAUUAAGCUCUUUCCCAACAUGCUUCCGUCAACAUUCGAGGAUAAGUUCGCUGCUGAUGAGAAACAAAGAAAGCUUUUGCGGGUGCGCCUAGAAAUGGCAAAGUUCCUCCAAGAAACCCUGCUGGAAAGUGGUAUUAAAGGCGGGAAGUCGAUAGUGGGCACGGAAGAGUUCAAAGAGUUCUUUUAUAAGGUUGUCCGAAGCACUGGUGACAGGCCUUCAACGGAGGAUAUCAUCAAAGUAGCAAAGCUCUUUGACGAUGAACUCACCGUGGAUAACUUGUCGAGGCCACAACUCGUCUCCAUGUGUCGGUACAUGAACAUUAACGCGUUCGGGACGGACAACUAUCUCAAGUACCAGAUUCGCAAGCGUCUCGAGCAUAUCAAGCGGGAUGACAAGUUGAUUGCGGCUGAAGCUGUUGAUAGUUUGUCUACUGCUGAACUGCAACACGCAUGUCAAUCACGCGGUGUCAGGACUAUGGGUGUUUCCCCCAGUCGUCUACGCGAGGAGCUCGAUAACUGGAUUGAUCUCCAUCUAAACCACGAUAUUUCCGGUGUCCUCCUCAUCUUGUCUCGUGCCUUCGACUGGGGCGAGAAUCGAGGUAGUGAUGGAGUCAUUCAAAGUUUGGCUGGUGUGUUGAGCAGCUUGCCUGAUCCACUCCUCAACGAAACAGAGUUGGCUGUGGAUAGCGAGAAAGCGAGUUACAAGCAGAAACUCGAAGUUUUGCAACAGCAGGAGGAGCUCAUUGAAGAUGAGGCUGAGCAAGAGAAGAAAGAAGAAGACGCUAGGCGCGCCAGGAAAGAGCUGGAGGAGAGACAGAAGCUUGAGGAGGAACAGCGUGUUGUGCAAUCCAUGCUUCCUGAUUCCGAGCUUGUCGUUGAACCCGAAGCAGAUGACGCUCGCAUGACAACUGAACAGCUAGCUGAACUCGGAGAAGCCCUGGUAAUCCUGUGUGCCAAAUCCAGUGUCUUGAAAGAGCGUGAUGAAUUAGGGGCGAUCAUGGAGCAGAAUCUUCAAUCUGAAGAGGAGACCUCUGGGGAGGCAUCUCCAUCACAAUCCUUAUCCAAGCGCAUUCGUGGUAUGCUGAACAAAGUGGAUAAGCAACUUGAUGACUAUGACUUCCGCGUCGGGUCAUCGCUUCAGCAGAUCACUGCCGAUCAGCAGGGACGUAUAUCCAUUCGGGAUCUGCGACAUGCCUUGAGUGUCAUCAAGCAUAAGCCCGAUGCGGAGACUGUAGAUGGCAUCGUCAAAAAACUUGACCCUGAUCAUGAUGGCUACGUAUUGCUGGAGCAUGUCUUGGACUUAGUGAAAGAGGAAGGUCUCGGUAUUCUUGUUGACGACAACGCCAAGGAUAUUCUGGGUCAAGGGAAGGAACUCAGGGAGUUGAGACCCAAGAAAGAAGAUAUCAUACAGGAGUAA